AUGAAAACCGACGAAAAAGAACCGUGCCGCACGGUUAAAGGUCGCUCUGUUGGAAUCCGCUCUUCACCCGCCUUCUGCUAUGGCGGACCAACCUUCUACCUCACGUGCUGCCGUCGAUACCGGAGCAUCGAUACCGACAAGAUCGACAUCGAAGAACCCGCCACAGUUGCUGCCGGAGUCUACGGCUGCGUCGACAUCGAAGGAUGCACCGAUACCGACAGAGGUGCCGAUACCGGAGCCACAACCUCCGUCAAUAUCACCUGGCCUACUGGCUUCAUCACUAAGCCAACAAAUGCCAGAGAUCGUCGAUAUCGAUACGGCGGAACUCAUGAGUCACUCAAUAGCGUCGACAUCGAAGGAUGCACCGAUACCGACAGAGCAUCAAAACUUGUACUCUUUCUCCCUUAGAUAUGGAAUGACUAUAAACUGCGAUGGAAUCCAGCAGAAUAUGAUGGGAUCGAGUUUGUCCGAGUGCCAGCAGAUAAAAUCUGGAAACCUGAUAUUGUGUUAUACAACAACGCUGUCGGGGAUUUUCAGGUAGAAGGCAGAACCAAAGCUCUUCUCAAAUACGAUGGCACGAUCACUUGGACCCCCCCUGCCAUCUUUAAGAGUUCCUGCCCCAUGGAUAUCACCUUCUUCCCCUUUGAUCACCAGAACUGCUCCCUGAAAUUUGGGUCCUGGACCUACGAUAAAGCUAAAAUCGACCUUCUCCUUGUUGGUUCCAAAGUGGAUAUGAAUGACUUUUGGGAGAACAGUGAAUGGGAAAUAGUGGAUGCUUCGGGCUACAAACAUGACAUCAAAUACAACUGCUGCGAGGAGAUCUAUACUGAUAUAACCUACUCUUUUUAUAUCCGAAGGCUGCCCAUGUUUUACACAAUUAAUCUAAUCAUUCCUUGUCUGUUCCUUUCAUUCCUGACUGUGCUGGUCUUUUACCUUCCUUCCGACUGUGGAGAGAAAGUGACUCUGUGCAUCUCUGUCCUACUUUCUUUAACAGUGUUCCUGCUGGUAAUCACAGAGACAAUCCCCUCUACCUCUCUGGUAAUCCCCCUGGUGGGAGAAUACCUGCUGUUCACCAUGAUAUUUGUGACCCUCUCUAUUGUCGUCACCGUGUUUGUGCUGAACAUCCACUACAGGACGCCAACAACACACACGAUGCCCACGUGGGUCAAAACUGUCUUCCUCCGUCUCCUUCCCAAAGUCCUGAUGAUGAGGAGGCCUCUGCAGAAACACGUCGAAGCCAAAACUAAAAAACUCAAAAAGGGCAGUACCAGUAAAUCCAGCAAGCCAAAGGCUGGCGAGUUUGGAGAAGUGAAAGUCCGCAACGAACACAGGUGCUGUCACUGCGACAAACCCAAUGAGCCGGACACGAGCAAGAAAAAGAGACCGAGCCCCCAGUCUGCGAAAUGGGCAGCUGACCAAGUGGAAUACUCUCCCGAAGUCAAAGAAGUCAUUAACAGCGUGCAGUUAAUUGCUGAGAACAUG